AACAUGAACAAUCCUCCAAAAUAAAGUUAUUGAAAAAAAAAAAAAAAACUAUGAAUUAGCUCACCCAAAAUGUACCUGAAUAAACUGCUAAUGUAGGCAAGCACAAGAAAUAGAGAGAGAGAAGAGGAGCAUUAUUUUGUGAUGUCAUGUUAAACUGUUUCUCUUAGAAGAUGAAAAUGAUCAUGCAAUUACUGUUAAUGUGGAGCCAUUUCCAUGCUUUUCUUGCCUUUUCACUAAUUAAUUUCUUUCCCUUUUCUCUAUUAAAAUGUACUUGUAAACAAGGGUUUCUAAUUGCAUCACCAUUACCUAUACAGAUUCCCCCACUCAAAAUUUCACCAUCUUUACCUCCUCUCUCCAUGGGGCGGCCACCUUGUUGUGAUAAAUCAAAUGUCAAGAGGGGUCUCUGGACUGAAGAAGAAGAUGCAAAGAUUCUUGCUUACGUAGCCAGCCAUGGCACUGGUAACUGGACUUCAGUUCCCAAGAAAGCAGGACUUAACAGAUGUGGCAAGAGCUGCAGACUCAGAUGGACAAAUUACUUGAGACCUGACCUUAAACAUGACACCUUCACUCCUCAGGAAGAAGAGAUCAUAAUCAAUCUUCACAAAGCUAUUGGUAGCAGAUGGUCACUAAUUGCAAAACAGCUUUCUGGAAGAACAGACAAUGAUGUGAAAAACUAUUGGAACACUAAGCUCAAGAAGAAGCUUUCCAAGAUGGGAAUUGAUCCUGUUACUCAUAAGCCUUUUUCUCAGAUGCUUUCUGACUAUGGAAACAUUAGCGGUUUCACAAACGUUGGAAACAAUUUCGGAAGAAACAUGAACACAUUAAUGUCCAAACCUGAAUCAUCUUUAGUGAUAAGUGAGCUUCAGGAUUUCAAUAAGAUGAUCCUGAAGCCAAAGCCAGAACUUGUCCAAGAUAAUUUAUGUUUUGCUAACAACAAACCAUCAUGGAAUUUCUUGGCUCAGGUUCAAGUGUCAAACCAGGAGACUAUUCAGCCUUAUUUCGCAAGUGAAGUCACCUCUUCUUGUUCUUCAUCCUCUUCAUCUACUAUCAUGCAAUUAAACUCUUCAAAUUCAAGUUCUUGCCACCCUUUUCUGUCUCAAACUGCAUGCCCUGCGCAGCCUCCUUCUCCCUUUAGUUGGAGUGAAUUUCUCAUCUAUGAUCCUCAUAUGUCUAUGGAACUUCAGCAAAAUUUAGAGCUUGAGCCUCAGGUGAUGUUGUCUUCAACCAACUCAACUUUGACACAAGAUGAACAAGAAAAUUCUGGGGCAUACAACAAAUGUGCUGACGCUUCUUCAUCCUCCACAAGUUCGUUUGUGGAUGCUAUUUUGAGUAAAGACAGUGAGAUGAAUUCUCAAUAUUUUGCUCUUUUGGAUGGCUCUUUUGAUUGAUCAAGUCAAAGUGUUUGGUUUAUGAAGGGUGAUUCUUCUAGUUAUGUAAUGGGC